AUAUAUUUAAAUACAUACUGUACAUCAAAAAAAAAGGAAGCGCAAGAUUUUUUUUUUUUGAUUCAGUCUUCGCUUCGAAGAUCUUCGCUUCAGAAGAAAAAAAACCGAUAUUCGAAACUUCUUUUUUAAUGAAAUUUAUGAUUUAAUAAUAUUUAAAACGUUCGUUGAAAAAAAAAUUAGAUUCGAAAAAAAUUUUUUGUAAAUACCCUUUUUUAUUAAAAAAAAAAUAUAUAUUCUUGGUCGUACAAAACUUUUAUAAAGAAAAAAAAAUGGAACCCUCAGUUACUUAUUCCACCUCUCAAUCUGUUGACUAUCUCGGUCAAAUUCGUAAAUGGUCUAAUACGGAUAUUAUCUCCUCUUAUAAACAAAUUUGCAAACAACUUGACAUCUGUCAAGAAAAAUUACGUGAAGAACUCGAACAAAAAGGACGAAAGAAACUCAGAAAAAGUUCUUCCCAUUUCAACCAACUCUCUCAGGAAACUUCCCAGGCUGCCCAGCAAGCACAACAAUCUCAACGUGACGAUGUUGCUACGAUAGGAAAUUUUGGAAACAUACUUGAACAACAGAAAGAAGAACCUACUUUACGCGCAGAAGAGAAGCAUUUAAUUCGUAUGAAGAACGUUUUAUGGAGAUGUAUGCGUCCAUCAGUUGGUUGUGUUGGCAAAGGAAACAAACUUGCCUCCCCAAAGACUUCUUCUCAGUAUCUGAGGAAAGAUAUAUUAUAUUCUGAACAACAAGAGACUCAUUCAUUAUCAAACGUGCCACGAUAUAAUCGUUCUAUUAAAAAUCGUAGAAUUCGACGAAAAAUACGACGUGAAAGUACAAUCAAUCCGUAUACAAGUUAUUUUAUGCAAUUACCAAGACAAAACAUAAGCAACAAUCCAUUUGCCAAUCAAAUAUUUAAUGGAAUUAAUUUCUGUUAAGAAAAAUCUCAAUAAUUACUAAAUAAAUCUCCAAAAAAAAAAAAAAAUUCAUGAAAACUAGAUUUGGUUCUUGAAUUUUCGGGACACCAACAUUACGCCACAGCUAUGCAUAUGAUGAACCAAUUAAAAUAAUAAUAUAUAUAUAUAUAUUGAAAAAAGUUUAUUAACAUACCAUUACAUUCAACAUAUUAUCAAUAUAAAAUCGGAGUUUACGAAAACCUUUUCUUUGUGAAUCUGCGAAUUUAGCCUCAUUGAUUAAAUAUUUGGUCGUUAUUUCUACGUGCCAAAAUUUAUUUACAAAUCUGAAAUAAAGAAUUUUCUUCUCUCCCUCAUAUUUAUUGUUGUUUUUGUUAUUCUGGGUUUAUUUUUAUUACUUUAUAUCAUAAUACUUACCCAUUUUUU